AUGCUCGCAGCCACUACCGAAGUGGACUAUCCGUACUUUCCAUUCCGAAUAUCGAUUGAUUUUGUGCUAGUUCACAAUGCCUCGGAAUCACAUUCCAAAGGAAAAUAUCGAGAGUUUUUCGAGAAGGCUGUGCAGAAGGAGGGUCUGAUCAUCCGUCAUCAGAUGUCUGGGCAGACUCAUUUCACGUUGAUUUCCACUCCGUUUCACCGGUUGUCAAGGGAAGCCGAGUCGUCCCAAAUGUGUUUUCCGUUGAAAGAUUGUCAAGUGAAACCUGGAAUGCCGUCCUGCUGUAUUCCACUCUCCAAAAUAUUCGUGACCGAUGACACAGUCCGUUUCAUAAAUGCACCAUUCCAACGGAAGCAUGGUGCUCUUUUUGUUAACUAUCAUGAUGAAAAAUCAUUCUUUACACCUGCCCAAAGAGGAUACUUAACCUAUCAGAUCCUUACAAAGAUCGAUAUAAGUAAAGAUUUGAAGCACGAGAGACUCGGAGAUUCACAAGAUCUCCCUGAGCAGUCAACGACUUCUAUCACUUCAGAUGAGCAGUUGAGGAGGAAGGGAUUGACGUGGCUUCUGAUGAGAGAUGUUUAUGAGGAAGCGUUUGUGCUCCAUGCACCGAGCAAGGAAGAACCAUAUUUCAAAGCGAUGCAGAAUGGGAGUGUCAAGACUUAUAAUGAGGUUAUUUCGGAAAUUGAGUUGGAUCCGAGGAAAAGUUUGAGCAAUGCUUGGGAACGCUGGUACAAAUUCCAACCUCUCAACAAGAUCCGUGACUACUUUGGUGAACAAAUCGCUUACUACUUCGCGUGGCAAGGCACAUUCCUAACACUUCUCUGGCCAGCUGUCAUAUUUGGAUUCAUUGUUUUUAUUUAUGGGUUUGUUGAUAGUAUAAGCAGCUCCCCUCUUGACUGGAACCACUGUAAAGUAGUGAAAUUCAACGGGGAGACUGAAAAUGUGGCAUGUGGAAUGAGGAAUGGACUAACUCUGUUCUUCUCCAUGCUAACCCAAUGGUUUAUGAGCUCAUUCGACACAAAAAUGAAUGCAUUUUUCGCAGUUUUUAUGUCAAUUUGGGGAAGUGUGUUUGUCCAAAUCUGGAAACGCAACAACUCUGUGUUGUCUUAUCAAUGGAAUUCAGAUGAUUUCCAUGCAAUCGAGCCGGAUCGUCCAGAAUUUAGAGGAUCGAAAAUGAAGGAGGUUAGUGGAUACCGUAAAACCUCUAAUAGAGGAAUAGAGUCUAUUUAA